AUGGGCAAGAAGGCUAUCGAUGCGCGUAUCCCGGCGCUUAUUAGGAAUGGGGUUCAGGAGAAACAGAGAUCUUUCUUCAUUAUUGUUGGAGACAAAGCUCGUAAUCAGUUGCCGAACUUGCACUACUUGAUGAUGAGUGCCGACUUGAAGAUGAACAAGUCUGUUCUCUGGGCCUACAAGAAGAAGCUCUUGGGAUUCACGUCACACAGACAAAAGAGAGAAGCAAAGAUUAAAAAAGACAUCAAGAGAGGCGUGAGGGAAGUGAAUGACCAGGACCCCUUCGAGGCGUUCAUCUCGAACCAACAUAUCAGAUACGUCUACUAUAAAGAAACCGAUAAAAUCUUGGGAAACACCUAUGGAAUGUGCAUACUCCAGGACUUUGAGGCCAUGACGCCAAACUUGCUUGCCAGGACAAUAGAAACCGUUGAAGGAGGCGGGCUCGUGGUGAUUUUGUUGAAGAGCAUGACAUCUUUGAAGCAGUUGUACACCAUGAGCAUGGACAUUCACGCGAGGUAUAGAACCGAGGCACACGAUGACGUUGUUGCGAGGUUCAACGAACGGUUUCUUUUAUCCUUGGGAUCGUGCAGCAACUGUCUCGUUGUGGAUGACGAGUUGAACGUGUUGCCCGUUUCAGGGGGCAAACACGUCAAGCGCUUGCCUCCGAGAGAUGACGAGGAGUUGCUUCCCAAACAGCAGGAAUUGAAGGAGCUCAAGGAGAGCUUGGUUGACGUGGAGCCAGCUGGAAGUCUAGUCAAUCUAGCCAAGACCAUCAAUCAGGCUCAGGCCAUCUUGACUUUUAUCGAUGUGAUUACCGAAAAGACCUUGAGAAGCACGGUGACCUUGACAGCAGGACGAGGACGCGGGAAAUCAGCCGCAUUGGGUGUCGCGAUUGCGGCGGCAGUGUCACAGGGCUACUCCAACAUAUUUGUCACAUCUCCAUCUCCCGAGAAUUUGAAAACUUUGUUUGAGUUUAUUUUCAAAGGGUUUGACGCCUUGGGGUACACCGAGCAUGCCGAUUACGAUAUUAUACAGUCGACAAACCCCUCGUUCAACAAGGCUAUUGUGCGUGUCGACAUCAAGAGAGAGCACAGACAAACGAUCCAGUACAUCUCUCCCAACGACAACUACGUGUUGGGCCAAGCAGAACUACUUGUGAUUGACGAAGCGGCAGCCAUUCCACUUCCAAUUGUAAAGAAACUAAUGGGACCUUACUUGGUGUUUAUGGCGUCAACAAUCAACGGUUACGAAGGUACUGGUCGCUCAUUGUCCUUGAAAUUGAUCCAGCAGUUGCGAGACCAGCAACAACAAACGGGACACGCAAGUGACCUAGAAAUUAUAUCGAGAGAUAAGGCACUGACGAAUGGUGGCGGCCAAUUGACGAGGAAUUUAAAGGAAGUUGUCUUGGACGAGCCAAUCAGGUACGCACCUGGUGACCCAGUAGAGAAAUGGCUCAACAAAUUGCUUUGUCUUGAUGUUUCCCUUUCCAAGAAUGCAAAAUUUGCUUCCAAGGGCACACCGCACCCACUGCAAUGCAAUUUGUUCUACGUAAACAGAGACACGUUAUUUUCCUACCAUCCUGUUUCGGAAGCAUUUUUGCAAAAGAUGAUGGCCUUGUAUGUUGCCUCGCACUAUAAAAACUCCCCCAACGAUCUUCAGUUGAUGUCGGACGCUCCAGCUCAUCAACUAUUUGUGCUCCUCCCGCCAGUCGAGGAAGGCGACAAUAGGAUCCCCGACCCGUUGUGUGUCAUACAAUUGGCUUUAGAAGGUGAGAUCUCAAAAGAGUCGGUGCGGAAAUCGUUGAGUAGAGGCCAACGAGCGGGCGGAGAUUUGAUCCCAUGGUUGAUAUCGCAGCAGUUCCAAGAUGAAGAGUUUGCCUCGUUGUCAGGUGCCAGAGUCGUGAGAAUCGCUACCAAUCCUGAAUACGCGGGCAUGGGCUACGGUUCAAGGGCCAUGGAGUUGUUGACGGACUACUAUGCUGGAAAAUUCACCGAUAUAAGCGAGUCGUCGGAGUUGAAUGACCACACUUUGACUAGGGUCUCCGGCAAGGAGCUUGCCAAUGCUUCGCUCAAGGAUGAGAUCACCUUGCGCGAGGCCAAAUCGUUGCCCCCGUUGCUUUUGAAGCUUUCUGAGAAACCGCCAUACUAUUUGGACUACUUGGGGGUCUCGUAUGGGUUCACGCCGCAGUUGCUGAAGUUUUGGAAGAGGUCAGGCUUCACUCCAGUUUAUUUGAGACAAACACCAAAUGAUCUCACGGGAGAGCACACGGAAGUCGUCUUGAACGCGUUGCCAGGUAGAGAAACGAAAUGGCUCCACGAGUUUUCCAAGGAUUUCCACAGGAGAUUCUUGCAACUUUUGUCGUAUGAAUUCAAGAAAUUGCCAGCUGUUCAGGCACUUGGUCUAAUUGAAGCAGCAGAACAAGGCGAAGGAAGUGAAUCACGAGGUAAACCUUUGACAAGCGAGCAGUUGAACGAGGCUCUAUCGCCAUUUGAUUUGAAGAGGUUGGACUCGUACGCCAACAACUUGUUGGAUUACCAUGUGAUUGUCGACUUGUUACCGCUCAUUGCCCGAAUCUAUUUUACGAGAAGAGCUGAAAAUCACGUGAGCUUGUCGUCAGUGCAAUCGGCCAUCUUGUUGGCAAUUGGCUUGCAGCAUAAAAAUAUGGAUCAGAUAGCUCAGGAGUUGAAUCUACAAUUGAAUCAAGCGAUGGCGAUGUUUGCCAAGACCAUGAGGAAAUUCUCCACAUUUUUCAGGGGAAUUUUAUCAAAGGCUAUUGAAAGUGAGAUGCCCGAAUUGGAGGAUGAGCAGGUGAAGGAAAUCGAGGAGAAGGAGCAGGAGGAGCAGGAGAAUUAUGAUGACAUUGAACAACGGAUGCAUGCUGACUUGGACGAAGCUGGAGGUGAAGCGAUCUCCGAAAUGCGGGAGAAGCAAAAGGAGUUGAUCAAUGCUUUGAAUUUGGAGAAAUAUGCCAUUGCCGACGAUGAGGAGUGGGAUGAAAAAGCCAUGUCGAAAGCUGCCAAGGGCAAAUCGGGCGGAUCUGGAACUGUGAGUGUUAAAACGGGCAAGAGAAAGUCCAAAGAGAGCGCUAGUGACAUCUACGAAAAGGAGAUGAAAGCCGUCAAAAAAUCCAAAAAGAGUCACAAGUAA